UGGAUUUUGUUCUAAGCAUCGCCUUCGAGCCAGAAUUCUCUGAAGACGGGGUUUUUUUAACAAGUUCCGAUGAUUUGGCCUUUCCAACCUUCUCCGACGAUUUGGUCUUUUUCAAUUCCGUCGACUUUGGGACAAUAUUUUCUUUCGAUUUUGUUUUACUAAUACUCUUUUCUUCGGAAGAUUUUCUAUCAGUCACAGAAUCAGAUGAUUUUUUACCAGUUAAAGAUUCGGUUGAUGAUUUUUUUCCACUCAUGAUUAAAAUAAUCAAUCGAAAAUGAGAACAAUUUAACUUGAAAUUGAAGAAAGAAAAUUAUUUUGAUCAAUAAUAUCCAUAAAAAUCAUUCUAAACAAAAAGGUGGUAAAAUUGGUUCGUAGUUUAAAAGUAAUUAGUUGGUAAUUGCAACUCUGUAAAAAGUGAAUCUAUUUCCUGACAAGUAUUGGAAUUAAUUGUCACCAUGCCGCUAGUUACUCCAGGAAUGAUGAAGUUUCGUGAGAAGGUAAAACUUUUCGAGGACCAGGAACGAUUGAAGGAAGUUCUCGAAUUAAAGGACAGAAUUCAACACGAUUUAACUUCGUUAAUCCAGAAGAAGGAUGUUCGUGAAUAUCCGGAUUAUCUUUCGUUUUAUAAUGAAUUUGGUACCAUCGAUUAUGAUGACCCGAAAAACCUAAUCGCUAAGGGAUCAUUUACCCGAACCUUUAAGGUUGUUAAUCCAAACACGCAAGAAACAAGAGCAAUUAAGGUUAUCAGGUUGAACAAAAGUCGACCCGAAUAUGUGGAGAAAUUUUUACCUCGACAACUGAACACUUUGAUCUUUCUAACGGAACAUCAACAUGAGAAUAUAAUGAAAAUUGGUGUUAUCGCUCGAGCGGGUGAGCAUAUUUUCAUAGAAUCAGCAUAUUUUCCUCUUGGAAAUGUAAAACAAUAUCGAUCAAAGAUAAAAUUACCUAAACGAAUGGAUGAAAAUCUAUUACGAAUUUGGCUUCGACAAUUAAUCUCAGCUAUUGAAUUUCUUCAUUACUAUUGUAUCGCUCAUCGUAACAUUACACCGGAAAAUAUUUUAAUUGCGACAGAAAAUUCAAUCGUUUUAAGUGGAUUUGGUUUCUCACGAUUUUGUUAUGAUGUUGAAUCGGGAACCUUUAGGAAAUCAUCUUCCAAUCGAGAUCCUGAUCCAUUCUUAGCGCCCGAAAUCAUCGAUGGGGAAACUGCAGACCCAAAAUGCGGCGACAUUUGGUCAUUCGGUGCAAUGUUUUACUAUCUGGUCACUGGUGAUCCUCCUUAUUUACCCAAUCAACAAAUAGCCAAAGGGGUUAAGGCUUCAAAUUUUGUCUACAAACCCUAUCAUGCCGCACGGGUUGGGGUCGCUCUGUCGGCGAGAGUUAGUCGACUCAUCGAGUGCUGUUUGGUUUCAGAUGCGAGCAAACGAGCGACCCUUCAACACGUCAAGUUGAAUCCAUGGUUUAAAGAUAGUGAACCAGUAACAUCAAGUUAAAUUACCAUUCGACAAUUAAUCAAAAAUCAACCCAAAAAGUUAAUCAACAAAAAAUUGAUUCCAUUCAAACAUUAAUGAUUGAUUCUUAAUCUUCAUUGAAAAAUCUUAAUACCAAGAAAGUUAAACAUGUAUAACAUUUAAAAUGGUUAUAAGUUAAUCCCAUUUAUUUUAAUCAGCUAUACGCUCAAUGAAUAAAAUUAAUUGUAACUUUAUUAAUAGAUUUUAAUUUAAUAGCAACAAUUAGAACUGAAAUCAAAGUAUAACGAGAAUCUUUGUUUGCUUAUAAAUACAUUAAAUUUCUCAUCUUCCAACAGUCUAAUUUACUUUACUUACUACUCAGGUUGAUGAAGAAAAAUCCCAACAAUUAGAUUAUCAUCAUACUAAUUGAAUAAGUAAUUAAAUUAAUUCAAUUUAAAUUUUGAUAAAUUUUUUUCGCGAAAUGUUAUUCAGCGCCAUCUAUUUAUUUCAUUUAAGACUAAUGGUGAGUUUUAACUCCAUCUGGUGUUUGGUUUAUUCAAAAUUCUGGUCUUGUUUUGGUUUUUUGUUUUUUCAUGUUGAUUAAAUUUAGUAAUUUUAAUUAACCUUUAUGAUUAUUAACGUUUUAAAAUUAGUUAACAGGUAUAAAGUUCAUUUAACCCUUCCACCUUUGACCGCUUACGGUAUCUACUGGGACUAUUCGAGGACUCAAAAUUGGAAAGCAGCAAAAGCUGCUGGAUCAAUUGGAUCAAGAUAAAUUGAACUAGUUAUUUUGUUUCCCAAGGUUAAUUUGGAUUUGAUUGCUUUUUUCCUCUAUUUAAAUUUAGUUCCCGAGCGAUAAAAAUUAAUUAAUAACAUCUAUCAUGGCUGGUGGUCGAGUUAUUUUUCCAUUUGCUAAUAUUAUCUCCAGACAUCCUCCCCGAGAGUACCAAACAUUUUUCCCUGCUCUCCUUGGUGGUGCUAUACUGUUCUACUUUCUUAAGAAGUCGGACUUUCUUUGUGAUGCUGAAACUGCAUCACAAUUCUGGAAUCGAAGUUAUCUUUUUGGGCAACACAAAGGCCACGCUAAUCACAAGUGGAAACACUCAAAAUUCGAAGCCAAACCCACUUACGAAUAGAUAAACCAUAGACUCUUCAAGCCGAAAGUUGGAUUAAUUUACCAUCGUGAUUAUAAUAUUAUAGUAACUCAGCAAAAUGAAAAACUUGCAAUUUCAUUAUUUAAAACAAAAACAUCAAUUGGUUGGGAAUGAAAAUCAAAAAUCAACCGAAAAUGUUACCAACAUAAAAUCUAGUUUGUUGAUGAUUAAAUGAUGUAAAUUAAAACAAAAAGCGUAAAAACAAA